CGACGGUCUCCCGGGGUCCUUCUUUAGCCGCCUCAUCCUCGCAUCGACUUGCGACUUGCCCACGAGCAGGUGGAGAAUGGCAGUGGAUAAAAGAUGAGGCACGGGGAAGGCCCGUUCCCCGGGGCUAAAAAAGUCUAUCUCACUCUAGGAUGGGAUUGAACCACGGCUUCCGGCCUGCAGAACGCAGAGACUGCCGCUUAACCGACUACUUGGGCUCAGGCAGCCAGUCCAAUAGCCUGGCGAUAAGGGUGCUCGAUAUCAUGCUCUGCAUCUUCGCUGGAGGUGGUGGUUAGGGCCGCGCAAACCGCGGCACCAACGCUUUUCCCUGUCACAUAUAUAGGCAGUUCGCCUCCCUUAUGCAGAUCCAUCCCAAAUAUCCCCCAUUGUUUCUUUUUUCAGGCUUCUCUCUUCGUCUUGGGGCAUAGUACGCGUCCAUGUCCACGUUGGGCUCUCUUCCGGCCUCAGCCCGCCGGUCGUCGGUGGCCCCCAAGCUGCGCGACAGUUGCCAAGGGUGUGCAGUAUCGAAGCUCAAAUGCAGUCGAGAGAGACCGACGUGUGCGCGAUGUGCCAAACGCGGCAUGGUCUGCGAGUAUUUUGUGACAAAGCGCGGGGGUCGCCGGCCGACCUCUCGUCUGAAUGCCAGCAGCAGCAGCAGCAGCAGCCCUAAGAUGGAUAAUAGCCUCAAUAUCCCAGCCCCUGCCACUUCCGCCUCGUCCCCCUCCUCGCUGUCCUCGUUCGGGGGGACAGCAGAUUCCCUGACUCCCCCGGGUCUGAUGCAGAUGUCUCUCGGCAACCACCAUCACUCCCCGUCCUCUCCCUUUCCUGAUAUCCUUCCGGGUAUUGUCACACCGGCAGACCCUACAACUACCCCGAGUCCGGCCAGUUUGACCACCACCCACCUCGACUGUUUCAAUUUGCCCAUCCCCUUGUCCAUCCUCGACACGCAGGGUCCUGACUAUCUCAACCCGGCUGAUACCGCUGCUUUUUUUCUUCAGGAUAAUGCAUUGACCGUGUUCGACGAGGCGGUCUUCGACCUGCCUUCCGUGCCGAAACCACAAACUCAAACUCACCCAGCCAGUCGACCCUCCGUGACUGAUAGUCUACAAAGUGCGAGAGAUUACUCCUCCGAUCCGGGGUGUUCUUGCCUGUUACGAGCUCUGGGUUUACUGAAGCAGCUCUUUCCCAACGCCUCGAGCUCCAGCACAUGCAUGGCAUCCCUCUUCCCGGGCCAAUUCCCGACCAUCCACUCGGUCAUCGUUGAGAAUGAACAGAUAAUCGCGGUUCUAAAUACAAUGCUGCAAUGCCCUUGCUCCCAGGACGGCUACCUGCUCGCCAUCAUUUCCCUUAUUGUCUUCAAGAUGAUGGGCUGGUAUGCUGCCGCUGCCCGCGAGACACCGUUGUCCCAUAGCAAUUUCAACAGCAGCCGCGGCGGCAGCGCUAAGUCACAUCUGGAUUACGGACAACGGCCCCAUUCCGAGCAGGUAUUCAAGUUGCAGUCCUCCGUGGAUGGCGAGUACGAAGGCCGCAUGGCAGCUCAGUUAGUUCUCAGUGAGCUCCACCGUGUGCAACAGUUGAUCAACGUGCUCUCGCAACGACUCAAGGCCCAUGGGCUGCAAACCUCGGGCGUGGAGUCACCCAGCAGUCCGGAUUGCUUUUACUUUCUGAACCAGGACAGCAGUGCGUUUCCAGUGACCAUGCUGGGUCAAUUGGAGGUGGAUCUACGCAAGCGUCUACAGACCUUGUCAGUGGAGAUAGUCGACAUAUUGCGACGAGGAUGAUAUAGACUUGGUUUUUUUUUUUUUUUCUCACAAUUAUGACUGUGAAUGUGAAUGUGCACUUUGUUUAGAUGAGUAGGGUUUACAGUUCCGGUGAAGUCCAUUGUUCUUUUCAUCCUCAUCAAUUUGUGCAGUCACAGCACCUGCAUAAUAGUCAGUAAAGCAAAGUUUC